CCUGCGUCAUUCUCAUUCCAGUGAAGGAGAAGGGAGACGUUAUCAGUGUACUAAAACUUAAAAAGCCGAAUUAGCAAUGUAUUUGAAUCUUUACAUUUUGAAGAUUCCUGUUUUCAUGGUUGUAAUAGCAAUACUGCCUGAUGUGAAAGCUACAAACGAAGAUAAAACUGUCGGAACUGAUGCUUUCUUCAAGACCCUAUUAAACCGCUUGGAACAUCUCGAAGAUCGCGACGAAAUGCGAGAAAUUGAGAACAAGGAACUCAAACACCGCGUACAGGUUUUAGAAUCUUUGGCGACGGAGCAACAGAUCCAGAUUUCAAAUCUAGAAGAAACACUCGGCAAACAGAACAUUGUAAAUCGACAACUUCAAGAUCGUGUGAUAAGUCUAGAAAAUCGUAACAAGGCAAGGGAUAAGCUUCAAACGGACCUGAAGUCUCAAAAGAAACGCAUUCAGUCCUUGGAGUCGUUCGUUAGAAUACUGAAAACGGAAAGGCAACAUCACGAGGAUACAAGGGGAUUACCGGAUGCUGCUGAAAGGCCAGAUUCUGAAGUUCAACGAAUCCAGAGACGCGAGAAUGAGAUGAAUGUCGCGUUUUUCGCUUAUCUUACAAACCACUUGGUAAAUCCCGGAGUACAUCAGAUUAUUGCAUUUGAUCACGUGGUCACGAACAUAGGAAACGCUUACAAUGCGCAUGCAGGUGACUUCAGAGCUCCUGUCGCUGGAACGUAUGUUUUUGCAACUACUUUGAUGGCUGGUGACGUGCACUUGAUAUAUCAUUUUAUAGUCAUGCACAACGGAAAAUCUGUAUCGAACAUUUAUCUUGUUAAUGGUGGGACUGCAAGUCAAGAAGUGGUACUUCAGCUGAAUCAAGGGGACGAUGUUUCGAUCCACAACAUGGACGCAGGGAACAAACUGUAUGGUUCGGGCUACAGUACUUUCUCUGGUUUCCUAUUGCAACAAAAUUAUUCGAGUCCUGUCGUGGUUGGCAAAUAGAAAUAGAUAUAUUGUAUUAAUUUUA